ACACAGGACACUGGACACUCACAGAGCUACCAGGGUCAGCCUGAGAGGGGAAGACAGAAGUGCCAGGAGGAGCCUGGAGUGGAAUGCAAGAAAAAUGACUUUACUGGCGUUCCUCUUCCUGCUCACCUUGGUCCCAGCUGGGUGUGUAAAGAGCAGACACCCCCCCAAGGCAGCCAUCUCCAGCCCCGUGUUCGGCCCCAGGGAGGUGCACGGCGUGAAGGGAGGUUCGGUCACCGUGAAAUGCUUCUACCCCCCGACCCCGAUGAACAAGCACGACAGGAAAUACUGGUGCAGGCAGAAGGGCUCCAGCUGCCUCACCGUGGUGUCCUCCACCUUCGUGGCUGCUGCCUACCAGGGCAGGGUGACCCUCACUGACCACCCCCAGGAGAACCAUUUCCUGGUCAACAUCUCAGCGCUGGAGAUGAGCGAUGCCGGCACCUUCCAGUGUGGCGUGGGCAUCAAUGGCAGAGGGCUCUCCUUCAGAGUCACCCUCAGCGUUGCUGAAGCCCCACCUGUUCCUGAGGAUGCUGAGCUCUUCUACGUGAAGCUGCGCAGCACCUGGACCGUGACCUGCAGCUUUGGGAAGGAGACAGCCGACAUGAAGAAAUACCUGUGCAAGAAGGAGAAGGACGGCUGCAGGAACAUCAUCAACAGCUAUCAGAGCACAGAUGUCCCAGGGGGACUUCAGCUGGUUUUUGAGGACACUUCAGGCUCGUUCCGUGUCACCAUGACUCAGAUGGACUGGGAAGAUGCAGGCGUGUACUACUGUGGGGCCGGUGACUAUGACAAGGACGACCCAAAGAAGGAGCUGGAUGUGUUUAUCUACGAGGACAAAAAUUUCCCUCACUUCAAGACCAACAUAACUGGAAAAGUUGGAGGUUCAGCAAGCUUCGAGUGCCUCUAUGACCCUCUGCUAAAUGACUCCUCGAGGUUCUGGUGCAAGCAGAGAGGCAGGCAGUGUGGUACCACAAUCAUAGACAACAAUGGCCGUGUGCAGGACACCUAUGAAGGAAGAGUGACCAUGUUCGAGAACCCCGAAAACAAAACUCUCACCAUCAUCCUGAACCAGCUGCAGGAGAAGGACAAAGGCACUUACUGGUGCAUGUCAAAUCAGCUGAGGGAGCAGCAAUCAUCAACAGACCUGACGGUUGUUCCAGGAGAACCUUCACUGACGGGAAAGAAGGUGGUGAAGGCACAAGCAGGCUCGCGGGUGAAUUUAACCUGCUGCUACCCCUGCAAGUAUUACUCCUACGAGAAAUACUGGUGCAGGUGGAGCAACACGGGCUGUGCCAUGCUGCCCGUGCAGCAGCAGCAGGGGCUGCCCCAGCCAGGGGAUGCCUGUGAACCAAACGCCAGGACAGUGGUGCUGAGCCUGGACCCGGUGACCGAGGAAGAUAAAGGCUGGUACUGGUGCGGGGUGAAGCGCAACGGGGUCUUCGGGGAAACCAUGGCCGUGGAGCUGCAGAUGAGCGAAGGGACAGAUGCCAAUCUCAUCCCAGAGUUCCUGGAUGUUGAUUCCAGCCAUGAUCCUGGAGCUGUUCCCCCAGGAGGAGCCCACAGUGACGCUGAGGUGCGGAAAGGAGCUGCCCCAGAAAGCUCUGAUGAAAGUCAAGGCUCCAACACUCUGGCCUUGGUGCUGGGCCCUCUUGCUGGCCUGAUCCUGAUUGCUGUGACAGCUUUUGCCAUUGUCAAGUACAGGCAGCUGAAGAGAUCUGAUCUGGUGUCUGUGGGGAGCUACAGGACCAACAUCAGCAUGUCAGACUUUGAGAGCGUGAGGGACUUCAGUGCCAGCAACAGCGCGAAGGAGACCCACGAGACCUCCAUGGGAGGGGAUGAAUUCAUCACCACCACCACGGACACUCCGGACAGUGCUGCCAACACAACGAAGGCAAAAAGGAGCUCCAAGGAGGAAGCUGACCUCGCCUACUCCUCCUUCCUGGUCACCUCCAGCAACAUUGCCCAGGCCAGCUCUGGGGGGGACAGCGCUGUUCUGGACGUGUCCCCACCCCAGGACCAGGCCUGAGGGGAGGUGGCAGCGCCUGGGACUGGCUCUGCCUUGAGGAUCACAACGUCAGCAAACAACACUGUUCAUUUCUCCCACAAUUUGCUAUUGCUUGACUUGUUUUUUGCUUAAAUUCAGCUUCGCGUGGUGAUUUAGGAGGAGCGGUUUGGUG